AUGGGGUGCUUUCGGCGGAAAGAAGAUGAGGACGAAAAGGUGCGAAAAGAAGCGAAUAAAAGGAUAGAAAAACAAUUACAAAAGGAUAAACAGUUAUACCGAGCAACGCACCGUCUUUUAUUAUUAGGUGCUGGAGAAUCGGGCAAAUCGACUAUAGUCAAACAAAUGAGGAUUUUACAUGUUAAUGGAUUCGGUCCUGAUGAGAGAAAACAGAAAAUAGAAGACAUCAAACGGAAUAUAAAAGAUGCAAUUUUGACAAUUACAGGUGCUAUGAGCACAUUAAACCCACCAGCUACAUUAGAGAAUCCUGAUAACCAAUUUAGAGUGGAUUACAUACAAGAUGUAGCCAGUCAACCAGAUUUUGACUAUCCCCCAGAAUUCUAUGAACAUACAGAAAUAUUAUGGAAAGAUAAAGGUGUGCAGGGAUGUUUUGAACGAUCUAAUGAAUAUCAACUUAUUGAUUGUGCACAGUAUUUCUUAGACCGAGUACAUAUAGUAAAAGAGUCAGAUUACACGCCAACAGAACAGGAUAUUUUGCGAUGUCGUGUGUUAACAUCAGGUAUAUUUGAAACAAGGUUUACAGUGGAUAAAGUUAAUUUUCAUAUGUUUGAUGUUGGAGGACAGAGAGAUGAACGUAGAAAAUGGAUCCAAUGUUUUAAUGAUGUGACAGCCAUUAUCUUUGUUACUGCAUGUAGUGGCUAUAAUUUAGUGUUACGAGAAGACCCUAGCCAAAACCGACUUCGUGAAUCUUUAGAUCUAUUUCGAAGUAUCUGGAAUAACAGAUGGCUUCGUACUAUUUCUGUUAUAUUGUUUCUUAAUAAGCAAGAUUUAUUAGCACAAAAAGUUAUGGGUGGUAGAUCUAGGAUAGAAGAUUAUUUUCCUGAUUAUGUCCGGUAUCAAACGCCCUUUGAUGCUGUCAGUGAGGUAGGAGAUGACCCUGAAGUUGUUCGUGCCAAGUAUUUUAUUAGAGAUGAGUUUCUGAGAAUAAGUACAGCUAGUGGAGAAGGUCGUCAUUAUUGCUACCCUCAUUUCACAUGUGCUGUAGAUACAGAAAAUAUUCGGCGUGUUUUCAACGAUUGCCGAGAUAUCAUUCAGAGAAUGCAUCUUCGACAAUAUGAACUUCUGUGA